AUGGUUUGGAAAAUUAAAAAAUUAAAUAAAUUAAUUAAAUUAAAAGGUCAAAGUAUUCGAACAUUAACAAUCGAAUCUAGAGAUGAUCCAAAAGUUAAAGAGAUCCAUUAUUUGUUAAUUUAUUGGUUAAAUGAAGAAUUGGCACAGGAUAGAAUUGUUGUUAGAAAUUUACAGGAAGAUAUUUUUGAUGGACAAGUUAUCCAAAAAUUAGUUGAAAAAUUGGCACAAAUUAAGAUUGAAGUUCCAGAAGUUUCUCAAAGUGAAGAAGGCCAAAGACAAAAAUUGCGAAUUAUUGUGGAUGCUUUAGGGAAAUUAUUAAAUGAUCAACAAUACCAACAAGAAAAUCAAAAUAUACAUCAACAACAACAAUUAAAUAGAGGACAACAACAACCAAAAUGGACUGCAGAAUUAAUUCAUUCAAAGGAUAUUGUUGCUAUUUUACAUUUAUUAAUUUCAAUGGCUUUACAUUUUCGAGCACCUAUACGUUUCCCAACAAAUGUAAAUGUUCAAGUUUUGAUAUAUACAAGGAAUGGAAAGCAAAUAAAUAAAAAUAUAAUAACAGAACAAUUAACUACAAAACAAACAGAAUUAGCGCCUAAAGGGGAAAGGGAUGCUUUUGAUACACUUUUUGAUCACGGACCUGAUAAAUUACAACAUGUUAAAAGUUCUUUAAUAACUUUUUGCAACAAACAUUUAAAUAAAAUUAAUUUGGAAGUAACUGACUUAGAAACACAAUUUCAAGACGGCGUUUUUCUUAUUUUACUUAUGGGGCUUCUUGAUGGAUAUUUUGUUCCUUUAUAUAAAUUUAAUUUACAAGUAAAUAAUAAUGAAGAAAAAUUAAAAAAUGUUCAAUUUGCGUUUUUUCUGAUGGAAGAAGCUGGAAUGCAAAAACCAAAAUGUAGACCUGCAGAUAUUGUUAAUGGAGAUUUAAAGAGCACACUACGUAUUCUUCAUGCAUUAUUUACUAAAUACAAACAUGUCUGA